GCAAGCCAAAGCAAUCACUACCGUGCCACCCCGCCGCCCAGCAUGCGCGCUAGCUUGUGGUGUCGCAAUCUUCCAGAUAACUAAACGCGUCUACCAUGUUCAACUUCACUCCGCUUCUGGGCGCGCAAUCCGCCUCGGCGGCGUCACAGUCUCUACUCGAAUUCGAUGGCGGCAUAAAAGUGCUCAUCGACGCGGGCUGGGACGAGAGUUUCGACGUGGAGAAGCUGAAGAACAUCGAGAAACAUAUUCCCACGCUCUCGUUCAUCCUGCUGACCCACGCAACAACCUCCCAUCUCGGAGCUUUCGCACACUGCUGCAAGCACUUCCCUUUGUUCACGCGUAUACCCGUCUAUGCCACCACUCCCGUCAUCUCCCUCGGGCGAACCCUGCUCCAGGACUUGUACGCCUCGACGCCGCUGGCUUCCUCGGUAAUACCCCAGGACGCGCUCAAUGAGUCAGCCUUCGCUUUUCCCUCGUCCAAGGACGGAAGUAAUCCGAACAUAUUGCUUCAGGCGCCGACCGUCGAUGAAAUCGGCAACUAUUUCUCCCUCAUCAACCCUCUCAAAUACUCCCAACCGCAUCAGCCGCUCCCGUCACCUUUCUCUCCACCCCUUGGUGGCCUCACGAUUACCGCUUAUAGCGCCGGGCACACCCUCGGAGGCACAAUAUGGCAUAUACAGCACAAUAUGGAAUCGGUGGUUUAUGCAGUAGACUGGAAUCAAGCAAGGGAGCACGUUCUCUCGGGCGCUGCCUGGCUCGGGGGUCCCGGGACCAGUGGCUCAGAGGUUCUCGAGCAGCUCCGCCGACCAACUGCAAUGAUUUGUAGCAGUAAAGGGGCUGGUAUGGUGACAAUAGGGGGGCAAAGACACAAACGAGACGACGCUCUCCUUUCAAUGAUUCGAGAAACAGUGGCGAACGGCGGAUCUGUGCUUAUUCCUUCGGAUUCAAGCGCUCGCAUCCUCGAGCUUGCCUAUCUCCUAGAAGAAACAUGGCAGGCGGAGACAACAAAGGCGGACGGAGAUAGCCCGUUAAGGCGCGCUAGGCCCUUCCUUGCCAGCAGAACCAGCGGAGCUACGAUGAGAUAUGUACGGAGCAUGCUGGAGUGGAUGGAAGAGGGUAUUGUGAAGGAAUUUGAAACCGCCACCGGGGCCCAAGAAUCCCAAAAUCUAAGACGUGGCCGGGGACAGCAGAGUAGCCAUGAUAAAGCAGACGAGGACAAGGUAGCAAAGGCGCCUUUUGACUUCAGACACAUCACCCUAUUGGAACGAAGAUCCCAAGUAAAUAGGAUGCUAGGCUCUGCUGAGCCUUGUGUGAUUCUCGCAAGCGACACUUCUUUCGAAUGGGGGUUUUCCAAGGAUGCCAUCAAAGUCAUGGCGUCAGAUCCUCGCAAUCUUAUAAUCCUCACGCAGCGCGCGGGUGAGAAAUCCGGGCAGGAGAAGGGUCUCGGUAGAUAUCUUUGGGAGCUAUGGAACGAACAGAAUGCCUCAUCAGGACAAGAUGCGCCCUCUACCGCUGUCAUUAACUCAGCCGGUAUUGAAGCACUUAUACCAUCCAUGCAAAGGGUUUCGCUUGAAGGCAACGAGCUCCAUUUGUAUCAACAGUACCUAGCCCGCCAACGGCAGCUACAAAACACGAUUCAAGGAGACUCUGGAGCAACAUUAGAAGCGUCCGCGGACGUGGUAGAUGACCGCUCUUCCUCGACCUCUACAACUUCCGAGGACUCGGAUAUAGAGCAUCAAGGCAAGGCGCUCAACACAGCAACGACAUUACAACACGCUCGACACAAACUUGGGCUCAGCGAUGCGGAGUUGGGCAUCAAUAUCUUGAUUCGACGCCACAACGUCUUUGACUAUCAAGUUCAGGGGAAGAAGGGUCGGGAGAAAUCGUUCCCUUAUGUUGCAAAGAGAAGACGGGCGGAUGAUAUGGGAGAGCUGAUUAGACCGGAGGAGUUUAUCCGCGCUGAUGAGAGGGAUCAAGUUGAAACAGAAGGUUUGCUCGAAGGUGCGGGUAAAAAGGAGAAUGCGGUUGGGAUGAAGAGGAAGUGGGAUGAUCCAGCUAUUCGCCCUGGUGAUGGAGCGCGACGCAUACCAAACGGCGCCGGGAAACGACGAAGGACAGAUGGAGCCGGAGGGAGUACUUCAGGCACUGGUAUUGAGGACGCCGAGUCCUCAGACAGCGAACCUGAGGAUGAAGCAGACAAGAUCGAAGGCCCGUCCAAGCUCAUCUUCGGAACUGAAACCCUCCAACUCAACUGCCAGAUCUCCUUCGUCGACUACUCCGGCCUCCACGACCGCCGCGCUAUCCAAAUGUUAGUCCCUCUCAUCAAGCCGCGCAAACUCAUCUUCAUCGCCGGCGAAGCAGCAGAAACUAAUGACCUCGCCUCCGAAUGUCGCCAACUUCUAAACGCAAGCUCCAGCGACUCUACCAGCAGCGUCGACGUCUUUGCUCCCGCCAUUGGCACCACAAUUGACGCCAGCGUCGACACCAACGCUUGGACCGUCAAGCUUAGCCGCGACCUUGUCCGCAAACUUCAGUGGCAAAACGUCCGCGGCCUCGGCGUCGUUGCUAUUACCGGUCUCCUACGGCCCGCCUCCCUCUCCCUCCCUAUCCGACAAACCGACGGCACCGCGAAGAAGAAAGUUAGACUGCAAGACCCCGCCUCCGACGUCCCCAUUCAGAAAGCUGGAGAGAAAGAAGAGCAACCACAGAUAAACCUCACGCCCAUCCUCGACAUCGUCCCCGCGAACCUCGCAUCUGCCACCCGCUCCGUCGCCCAGCCCUUCCAUGUCGGCGAUCUCAGACUCGCAGAUCUCCGCAAAACCAUGCAGGCUUCAGGUAUGACGGCCGAGUUCCGGGGCGAGGGUGUGUUGGUCAUCAAUGGCACUGUUGCGAUUCGGAAGAGUGGAACUGGCAAGAUUGAAAUCGAUGGCGGAGCAUAUAGUUUCGCGGAUCCGAAGAAUGGGGAUGCGGGGACCUUUUUUAGGGUAAGGAGACUGGUUUAUGGAGGCUUAGCUGUGGUGUCGGGGGUAAAUUGAGGCGGGCGAAGAGGGAGUAGAGGGUGUGUGUAAGAUUAUGAUGGUGAGAGGGAGAGUUUUGGGCUUUCUGGAUUUUGUGUUUUUGGGAGCGGUUUGAUGCUCCGACAAGAUUGGGGGCAGCAUUGAGCGAGUGAUGAGCCGUGAACACUCUGCAUGGAAGCUAUUCGAACACGUCCCAUCUAGCUACUGAUCGCAGGCGGGACUAGGACGAGCUAAAUGUAAGAAUAGUCACAAUUUCUUCCGUGCACAGUGCUCUCAUAAACAUGCAGGUAGUCGGAUAGAUGGGGGAGAAAUGCGUAAUAGAAAAAUGAAUCAAAU